AUGACGAAGGACGAGAUGUGUAACAAGAUCCAAGUAAUCCUCAAAUACCAUGAAUUUGAUAAGCCUGUCCUCGUCUCACAUUCUUAUAGAACUCUUAUCAGUACCCAACUAUUGAAAUCGCCAAAAUUGGCUAAUCAGAUUGGUCCUGUCGUGCUCAUUGAUCCCAUCUCGAUCUUGUUACAUCUCCUAGACGUGGCUUACAAUUUCACUCACCGUAAGCCACAACGAGCAAACGAACACCAGCUUUACUACUUCGGAAGCAUGGACAUGGGAGUUUCUCAUAGCCUAUCGCGAUGCUUCUUCUGGUCAGAAAACGUUCUAUGGAAACAAGAUAUCGGUGAGCGUGCUAUCACUGUGAGUCUUGCAGAGCGGGAUCUCAUCGUGAAUACCAAAGCCGUUAGGAAUUAUCUUGCGACCUAUGAUGAGGAGACAGCAGCACGCAAGGAAGGAUCCGCAAGCGAUACUACCAGCGGCGAUAUUCAUAUGGAAGUGAUAUCAGAAAAUGGUGUAGGAUCCACCACUUUGCAUCCGAGAUCGAAUGGAAAUGCCAACACUGAUAUCUCAGGGCCACCCUCCUCAAAGACUGUCGAUAAGAAUGUUUCUAACGGGCGCCUCCGCGUAGGGUGGCAGGAUCGGAAAUGGAGAGGAAAAGGCGUGGACCUCAUCUGGUUUAGAACACUGGAUCAUGCUCAAUUGUUUGAUAAAGCGGAGACUAGGAAACCAUUGGUGGAGGCUAUUUACCAAUACAGUUUUCAGUCGUACUGA